AGACUCGAAACAUUACGGCUGCGUCCACGGCAGAGUCCAUCAUCGUGACCGUGAGGGUGGCUUUUCUGAUGGUAAGGAGUUGGUCCGUUGAAUAAUCGUCAAGGUGGAAGAAAAAGCGAACAGAAACGAAAAGCAUCCGUGAAAAGGGCGGUCGCAGCAAUUACGAUGAGUUUGAAAGGGGAAUAGGUGAAUUUUGGGGGUAUGGAAGCAGUUUGAGCGCCAAAUAGACCUAAUUACUGCGCUCUUAAGUCUCUUAUUAUUUUGAUUUAAUUAUAACCAACUUUAUUUAAAAUUCUUUUAAUAUGUAAACUGAAGUUGGGCGACGGAGAAUGAGAAGAAGUGAAAGAGUGGCGUGAUAAAUUAAAGCUUUGGUUGGUGCCACUAGGAGUAGUGGGAGGCUGGUGGGUAGACGGUUAUGUAGCGGUCAAGGUGAUUUGGAUGCUAUAAGUUUGAAAGGGGUGUUACACAUGACCCUGUUUUGAAAAACAUGGAAAAGGGAUUGGAAAUCCGAUGAAACGUACGCGAUCUUCGAGAAGAAUAAUGAAGAUUUGGGUGUCUGAAAAUUCGAGAUUCACAAAGUGAAGAAGAGUGAGUGAGGGGAUUUCGGUAAAAGGAACUAAAGGGAAGUUGGACUCGUCAAACCCAAUCAUUCUGAAUGCUUCAAGAUAUUGAAAACAGGGGAUUCUUGAAUCUUGGAGUGGGAAUCCCAUGACACACAUUACAGCUUCCUCGUAUUCUGCUUCCACCUCUCUGUCUGCUCUGUUGUCUUUGGAAAAAGUAAAGACUAGAUUGAAUCGGGGGUCGCUCUUCCGUCUAGGCCCCACUUUUCUUCUUCCAAACCCCCUCUAUUUAAGCCCCCUCUCCUCCUCCUCUGCAUUUCACUCUUCCAACUUCGAACAUUUCUUUCAAUCCAUUCGCACCUAAACGGCUUCCAUGGAGACAGUUGAGUUCAAAGUAGAUAUGGUCGGAAUCCACGAGAAAAGGCUCAGGAAAUGUCUGUACAAAUUGAAAGGUGUGGAGAAGGUGGAGGUGGAUGCGAACAGCCAGAAGGUGGCGGUGACCAGCUACAUUCACCGGAACAAGAUACUGAAAGCGAUGAGGAGAAGUGGCCUGAAAGCCGAUUUCUGGUCGGCCCAAAACGAGCUUCUUAAUGCAUACGCCGCCACUUAUGGAGCCUUCAGAUUCUGCUCCUACAACACCUUCUUUUAGAACUUUACCAUUUUUUUUUUUUUUUCUGGGAGGGGUAUAAAUAUUUUCAUUUAAGCUGGCAUUCGACUGCCCAUUGUAAUUUUAAACACAAGCAACUCCAAAACAAGUCUCAGAAUGGAUAGCUUUUAGUAUUUUUAAAAUUAGAUUACC